UAAUAAUUCAAAAUGAGAAACUUUUGUGCCCUCAUUAACCUGCUUGUGCUACUAACAUCACUUGGCUUCAUGAUCACUUGCUAUCAGGCCAGUUUGAAGAAAGGAAAUUAUGCUGACGUGAAGAGAGUUUAUAUAAUAAAAGGAUUAAAAGAACACCCAGAUUGGGGACACGAAGGCCCCUGUUUCUUUAAUAUUCCACUAUGUGUAGUGAAGUAUAGCCCAGAGAUUGCUAACUAUACUGCUUACUUGUUUGAUCGUAAUUUUCCAAAGCAGUAUGUAAAGCGAAUCAGAGAGACCUUCCUUCCUCACCCACAUCCAGACGAAGGUGGUUCCGCUUCAUGGUACUUCCAGGCUGAAACCAUAAUAUCGAUCAUCUUCAUGUUUUUCUUCAUUGGAUGGUUUAUAGAUUAUGUCUUAAAGGUCCUAUUCGGCAUGCUAUUCCAGAUUUUAUUCACAAUAGUAGUGCUAGCAGUGAUAUUCAUCUUAUUCAGACAGCAGUGUUAUGGAAACCAUUACGAACACACCAUUGGGGCCUGUGGGGCAUUUAAGUCAUUCUUUGGUAACCCAUCAGCAUAAA